AAGUAGUCAUAUGGAUCGAAAUCAAUUUGGGAGUAUUUAGACUCGCCGUAAGCUGAAUUUAUUUUGAGUAUCUACAACUGUGAAAAUGUUUUCGAAGUUAACUACACCAGUUUUGGAUAGAUCGAAGCAAAUAGAAUAUAUUACAAAAUUAAUGUUAUGCAGAAGAUAUUCUAUGAACUUUGAAGAGCCUAAAGGACCUUGCAUGAAAACCGAGAUCCCUGGACCAAAAAGUAAAGAAUUGAUGAAACAAUUAGAUAAUAUUUACAACAUUGGAGCCACACAAUAUUUGGUUAACUAUGAAAAGUCAGUUGGAAACUAUAUCGUCGAUGCAGAUGAGAACAUACUCCUAGACACCUACACACAGAUAUCUACAAUGCCCCUUGGGUACAAUCAUCCAGCAUUGCUCAAUGUUUUUAAAAACGAGCAAAAUUUGAGGAGUAUAAUAAAUAGACCAGCACUAGGUGUUUAUCCAGGUACAGAUUGGCCUAAGCGAAUGGAAAAUAUUCUCAAGCAGGUGUCACCUAAACUUCCGAAAAUCACCCCGAUGAUGUGCGGUGCCUGCUCAAACGAAAACGCAAUUAAAACAGCUUUUAUAGCUUACCGAUCAAGAGAACGAAAUAAUAAAGAUUUUACGGAUGCCGAGAAGAAAUCUAGUAUAUUAAAUCAACCACCAGGAUGUCCUGAUUUAUCUAUUUUAUCGUUUAAGGGUGCUUUCCACGGACGAACUAUUGCCACUUUAUCAUGCACACAUUCUAUGGCUAUACACAAACUGGAUAUUCCAUCUUUCAGUCAAUGGCCUAUAGCUACGUUUCCGAUGUACAAAUAUCCUUUAGAAGACAAUCGUAGGGAAAAUGAAAAGAUUGAUGAAAAAUGUCUAGAAGAAGUCGAAGAUCUUAUGGUAAAACAUAAAAGACAUUUUCCAAUAGCAGGUAUCAUAAUCGAACCAAUUCAAUCUGAAGGUGGUGAUAAUCACGCUUCGCCAGAAUUUUUCCAGAACUUACAAAAACUUUGUAAAAAGUACGGAGCUGCACUGAUUAUAGAUGAAGUACAAACAGGUUGUGGACCAACUGGAAAAUUUUGGUGUCACGAACACUUUAACUUACCAUAUCCGCCGGAUAUAAUGACGUUCAGUAAAAAAAUGCAAAUGGCCGGAUUCUUCCAUUCGGAUGAAAUUACGGUAAAACUUCCGUCUCGAAUUUUCAAUACGUGGAUGGGUGAUCCUGGAAAAACGAUACUUUUAGAAGCGAUCAUAGAUGUUAUAAAUACACAAAAUCUAUUGGACCAAGUGAAUAAAUCGGGACGAAGGUUAUAUGACGGACUGCAACAGUUACAGAACGAGUUUCCUGAUAUGUUACAUUCCCUUAGAGGUAAAGGUACAUUUAUUGCCAUAAACGCAAAAGGAACCGAUCUGAGGAAUCAAAUUAUCAUGCAGUUGAAGAGGAAUGGUGUUCAAAGCGGUAGUUGUGGAACAGAAGCAAUUCGUCUCAGACCAGCUCUUAUCUUUAAAGAGCAUCACGCUGAUAUUUAUCUAGACAUUAUGCGGAAAGUAAUCAGAGAACUCAGUAAAGAGAGAAAGAGAAAGUAUUAGAUACAAUGAAAUGUUUAUGAAUGAAAUUUGUCCUUGAUAUCUGUUAUCAUUUGAUAUCGAUUUAAAAAUACAGUUCGAAAUUCAAUUUCGCCGCCGUUACCCAUAGCAACGGGGGGAGGGUUUCUGUUAUUGUAAUAUGUACUAUUGAAAUUUCUAUUAGUACUAUUAUUAUUAUCACCCCUUUCGUUGCAUCUUAUGUUACUCUUAAAAGUGUUAUAAAAUCUAUCCCUAUUUUCACGAAAAUUUUAAGUUCGAUAUGAAGCAGAUUAGCUGAAGAUGUGUUGGAAAGAAUUUGGAACUUCUCCAUCUUUAGCUCCGGAUAUAGCAUCUUUUAAUGUGUCAUAAUUUGUAGCUCUUAUUAUUGUUUUUAUAUUACUGUCUCACAAGCCGUUCGUACGAAGAUGUAUUAAUAUCUAGUUAGCCUAACCCAGUUCCAUGCAUAAACAAAAUAUUGCGUUACCAUAGCAACGGACAAUAACUUAUUAGAAGUGUCAGUGUAAAGUUUGACGUCAAAAAAGUAAACCAGAGUUACGCAAUAAAUUAAAAGAAAACAGAUGUCCACCGAAAUUCUAAAAAUCGAAAAAUUGAGAGUAUCGAGCCAUCAUCAAGUACCUGUAUUUAAAAGGAUUAAGAGGUGAAAAAUUGGACUGCAAACUUCAAAAGAGGUAAAUUUUUCAUUGAAGAUGAUGACCGAUCGGAAAGGCCAGUUUCUGUGUCAGUCCCCGAAAAUAUCGAUUCAAUUCAUGACAUGAUUUUAUGAGACCGUCGAAUUGGUUUAAAGCGGAUAUCUGAAGCUCUCAAUAUUUCAUACGAACGCGUUCAUCAUAUAGUUCACGUCAAUUUGGACAUGAGAGAAAUUGCUGCAAAAUGGAUCCCCAAAUGUUUGAAUGUUGACCAAAAGCGUGCAAGGAUAGAAGCAUCGCGUUCGAUCUGUGCUUGAUUUGAAAAUGAUGUAUGGAUGAGACUUUUGAGAUUGCCAUAGAGUAAUCACGAUUAUUGAUCACUCUACGGGAAAAAAUUAAGAGAAAAGACGCGUAAAGCUAUCCAAAGGUAUUUUUUUGCAGAACAACUCCCCUGCACACAAAUCUCAUGAUGCCAUGCAAAAAAUUCGAAAUUUGGGGUUUAAAUUACUAGAGCACCCUCCUUAUUCACCAGAUUUGGCUCCAUCCGACUAUCAUCUCAUUCCUCAACUGAAAAAAAGAGGAGAAUAUGUUGAGUAAUAAAAUAUUUUGACAUUGAAAUUUUGUUUGGUUCUAUAGUAGGCUAAGAAUUUUUCAAUAUAUCCUCGUAAAAACAUUUAUAGCGUGUUUUUCAUUCAUCGACCUAAGAAUAGGUAACGAAAUUAUGAUAAGGUUAAAUCGACCUUCAGUAUAUUGAAAAUAAUAUUGGAUCUUUUCUUUUCGUUUGAUGAAUAUCAGUUUAAUUUUUUGUAUCCCAAUUAUGCUGAGUAAUUUAUUCCUCAGGUCAAUAGUAAAUCACACUAAACCACUCUUGAAUGUAUCGAUUCUCAGUAAUAAAAAUAUAAUCGAAACUACUGUCUUCCAUAUGGUUCUAUUUUAAAUUAGAUAUAAAAAUUGGUUUCUAUGUACCUAGGUAGUAUUCAAACAUUUACGUUUUAAUUUUUGUAACUUCUUUGAAUAAGAGAAAAUACAUGUAUUUUAUAAUGAA